UUUGUGCACCAACACAGCUGGUAAACAGUCCAGUGGAUACAAAGAAACAGCAGAGCUUCCUCAUCCAGCAAGGUAUGGCCUCCACCAGCAGCUUCUUGUCUGAGGAGCAGUUCCAGUGCUCCAUCUGUCUGGACGUCUUCACCGAGCCGGUUUCUAUCCCAUGUGGACACAACUUCUGCUUGGCCUGUCUCAGCAGGCACUGGGCCGACAAGCUGCACUGUCAGUGUCCGCUGUGCAACGAGAAGUUCACCAAACACCUCAAGCUUCGUGUUAACAUCGAAUUCAGGGAAGUUGUGGAGAACUUUAAGAAACAUCAUGCGGAUUCCCCAGUGAAACCUGGACAGGUGCCGUGUGACUAUUGCCCUGGCAACAAGAUCAGAGCCUCCAAAACCUGUUUGGUGUGUCUGACUUCCUACUGCGAGACACACCUAGAGCCUCACCACAGAGUCUCUUCCCUAAAAAGACACAAACUGACUAAUCCUGUGCACAAGCUGGAGGACAAAAUAUGCCAGAAACACAACAGGAUUCUUGAGUUCCUCUGCAGGGACGACCAGACUCGUGUUUGCUCCUUGUGUGCUGAACAUAGCGCUCAUGAUACCGUCCCUCUGGAGGAAGAGUAUGUAGACAAAGGGGCUCAGAUGGGGAAGAAAAAUGCAGAAGUGCAGGAAAUUAAACACAAACCAGGAAAAAAGGGUCAGAAGAAGGCGUCAGUGCAGAGCAAGGGGAAAAGCAAAGUGGAAGCAAACAGUGCGGAUUCCAAUCAGAAGCAAGAUCCUUUCAUGAGCUGUUUUCCCAACGAGGGCCCUCAGUGUGCCAGUGAACAUCACAUCCCUGUAGAUAACAACUUGUCUGAGGGGAGGUUCUACUAUGAAGCUGAGGCCGGAAGGAAAACUUUGCUGGACUUAGGACUAAUCAGAGUACUGAUGUAUUUGGGUGGGGCAAUUUUACCAGACACUGCAGAGGGACAUUGGAUCAUCAUGUUGGAGUGUAAAAGGUGCAGAGCUCCUCUUCACAUUCCUGUCUGGAUAAACCAACCCGUAGGCAUCACCCUGUUUGUAGAUCACGAGAGAGGAUUUGUGUCCUUCAGUAAUGCAGGCAUUUUACUCCAGACAUUCACUUUUAACCGCUGCAAAUUCAGUCAGAGACUCUCUCUUUUGUUUAUCCCGCAUGUGAGCUGGACACAGAAGCUGCUGAGGAGUGCUCAGACGGUGACACGGUCUUCAGUUGACUUCCGCUACGUCAUUGCUUUCAUCUUUGUGCUUGUGUGUUUAUUUUGGCCGUCAUAACUGACCAUUAAAGAGGAAAGUUGAUCUCCUGGCUGGUUAGCGGGCUGCACAGUGACUCUGUGCUUAGCGCUGUCGCCUCACAGCUAGAAGAUCCCUGGGUCACAUCCUGGCUUGGUCCUGGGAUCUUUCUGCAUGGAGUUUGCAUGUUCUCUCUGGGUACUCUGACUUCCUCUCACAGUCCAAAAAAUAAACAUGCUCAGGUUAAUAGGUGAUUCUAAAUAGUUCAUAAGUGUGUGUCCCCUGCCUUCACCCAAAUCAACUGGGAUAGACUCCAGCACCCCCAUGCCCCUAAUGAGGAUUAAGUGGUGUAUAGAUAAUGGAUGGAUGGAUGGAUGGAUGGAUGGAUGGAUGGAUGGAUGGAUGGAUGGAUGGUUAAUACAGCUCACCUGGUGGCUCUGAUGUAAAGGUAUCAGUCAGUCAGACUCUCUGGCUGACAUCUUGUUUGAUUUUGGUUCUGUUUGUGCUUCGGUUUUGUUAAACAGACUUACUUUUCGUUGCAGCUCCUGUCUGGGUUGGUCUGUGUUGUAUAAUAUAUCAUAAAUAUACUAUAAAAUGGUGGCCGUCAGCCAGUCCAUUUUUCUCUUACUUCCACCGUGUUUAAUUUUAGUUUGCCAUCAGGUUAUUUUCCUCUUUUAGUUCUGUACAAUAAGUUUAUUUUUAGUUGUAACUCCAGCUAUGUUUUCACAUUAUCCUUACUUCAACAUGUAUUCCUGCAGUUAUGAUGAUUCCAAGCAUUUAACAGAAACUUUUUAAAAACAAGAGAAACCUGCUACAGUGGUAGAUGUCCAAGCAGAACCAUGGGGGUUAAGAAAUCAGGGACAGAAAAAUAAAGUUUCAUACAAAAUGAGUCUGUAAAUCUCAAUAAAUGAUGCUGAAGCUGUAA